AUGUCUGGCAUAAAGGCUUUUGAACGCAUCUCAGAGUUCAAUAUUCAAGACUGGACUUUAGAAUUCACUGUGACUGAGGUAUACCUCAGGCUGCAGUUGGAAGAAGUUAACCAGUCUGUGGUGUCCAAAUGUACUAUUCUUGGGCUUUGUAAUUCAUGGGAGCUCCAGGCCUUUCUUUUAGUGAUAUUUUCUUCACUUUAUUUGAUUGCUAUUUUAGGCAACAGCAUCAUUAUGCUCCUGAUUAUCACUAAUAUGCAUCUCCACUCCCCUAUGUACCUCAUGUUAGCCAAUCUCUCAUUAAUUUAUUUCUGCCUUUCCUCAGUCACUACCCCUAAAAUGAUAGACUUUCUCAAGGAAAACAAGACCAUCUCCUUUGGAGACUAUAUGUGUCAGAUUUUCUUUGGACAUUUCUUUAGAGGGGGUAAGAUGGUGCUGCUUCUGUCAAUGGCUUACAACCAUUAUGUGACCAUCUGCAAACCACUUCAUUACUCCAACAUCAUGAACAAACAAAUGUAUAUUGCAUUAGUGAUGACAUCCUGGAUCAUUGGCUUUGUGCAUUCAAUUAGCCAACUAGCUAUGAUUAUGAAGCUCCCUUUCAGUGGACACAGAGAAUGGGAUAUCCUUUUUUGUUAUAUUCCACUCGUGAUAAAGCUAGCCUGCAUGGGUAUUUAUAUUCUAGAAAUGUUGAUAAAUGCUGACAGUGGGGUACUGGCAACCAUCUGUUUCAUACAGGUGUCGAUAGGUUACUUUUAUGUUCUGUUUACUGUCUGUCUUCUUUCUAAGGAUGAGGCAUCCAAGGUUCUAUCCACCUACACUACCCAUUACACGUGGCUACUCAGCAUCACCUGGGGGGACAAGUUUCUUGCUGUAUUUUAUAAGGUCAUCACACCUCUCCUACAUCUAGUCAUUUACACUCUAAGAAACAAGGAGAUUAAGAAUGUCAUUAAGAGAGUACAAUGUUAG